AUGGCAACGGAGACUUCCAUGGUUUUCACUAAAAGUGCUUACCAUGAUGUUAACCCCUCUCCAAAAAACCCUACCAAGGGUGGUUGGAAAUCUGCCAUUUUCAUCAUCUGUGUGGAGGUCGGUGAACGAUUUGCUUACUAUGGGGUGUCGGGAAAUCUAAUUAUGUACCUAACGCUUGUUCUGAAAGAACCUCUUGCUACUGCUGCAAAAAACGUAAAUUUGUGGCACGGCGUCUCCGCCAUCUUUCCCCUUGUCGGUGGUUUCGUGGCCGAUUCCUAUUUUGGGAGAUACAAAACCAUCGUCUUUUCGUCCAUUACGUAUCUUUUGGGACUCAUAGUAUUAGUCAUAUCAGUGGAAGCAAUCCCAUUGGAGCAUCGUCUACUACCCUUCUUUCUAGCACUUUACAUAAUCAACAUCGGAGAAGGUGGCCACCGUCCCUGUAUUCAGACCUUCGCCGCCGACCAAUUUGACGACCAUCUCCCGGAGGAGAAAGCCGCCAAGAGUUCAUUUUUCAACUGGUGGUACUUGGGUAUUGUGCUUGGCGCCACUUCCGCCAUACUGGUUCUGAUUUACGUUCAAGACAACAUCGGAUGGGGUUGGGGGUUUGCAAUUCCGGCGGUGGUGGUCGCGGCGGCGUUAGGGGUGUUUUUAACAGGAACGAGCAGGUAUCGCCGGGAGGUUCCGGUGGGGAGCCCACUUACAAAGGUGGCACAGGUGAUUGUAGCGGCGGCUAGGAAACGCCGGUUGUCGCCGGAAAAUGAUGGUUUUGGUAUGUGUGUUGAGGCGGGGGAAGGUGGAGACGAUGUGACUCGAUCCUUGGCUCGUACUAACCAAUUCAGGUUUUUGGACAAGGCGGCGAUGAUGGACGAAAUCGACCGACUUCCGGGGAAAAAGAAGGAUUGGAGGCUGUGCACAGUGAACGAGGUAGAACAGGUGAAGCUUCUCUUCCGGCUGAUUCCGAUAUGGUUAUCCUGCUUAAUGUUCGCCGUUGUGAUAGCCCAACUCGGCACCUUCUACACCAAACAAGCCAGCACCUUAAAUCGAACCAUCGGCUCCUCCAGCCACUUCCAAAUCCCUCCGGCGUCCCUUCAAGUCCUCCCAGGCCUAACAAUCCUAACCGCCGUCCCAAUCUACGAACGCCUCCUCAUCCCCACCGCCAGACGCUUCACCAACCACCCCACCGGAAUCACAAUCCUCCAACGUAUCGGAGUCGGGAUCUUCUUCUCGAUCUUGACCAUGAUCGUCUCCGCCCUAGUCGAAUCCCGGAGAAUCAGAAUCGCAAAAGAACAUGGUCUAAUCGACACCCCGAAAUCAAUUCUUCCGAUGAGCGUAUGGUGGCUGGUGCCGCAGUACGUGUUGAUGGGAAUCUCCGACGUGUUUACAGUCGUGGGGUUACAGGAAUUGUUCUACGAUCAGGUGCCGGAGGGGAUGAGGAGUAUGGGAGCUGCGGCGUAUAUGAGUGUGGUGGGUGUCGGAGGCUUCAUAAGCAGUGCACUGAUAACGGUGCUGCAGGCGGCGACGGCGAGACAUGGGGAUGAAUGGUUGAAGGGGGAUAACUUGAACAGAGCACACCUUGAUUACUUUUAUUGGGUGUUGGCUUGUUUGAGUGGAUUGAGUCUGGUUUUAUAUGUAGUUUUGGCUAAGGGUUUUGUUUAUAAGAAGCUUCAAAGGGAUGAUGGGGUUUAACCGUUUAGGGUUUAGGAGUCAAUCUGGUCAAAUGGUACUUACUAUUUACUAUUUAGGAGAAUUCUAAUAUAGAUUCUAGAUUGAUAUCCCAGAAUUAAUAUGCUUUACAUAUGAUAAGACAUAAGUCGUGUAAAAAGGUAAACCAGGGUUAUAAUUUGUAUUUUUGAACGGGUUAAGAAUAAGACUUAAGAUAAAUGGG